AGAACGUCACAGGCACGAACUUCACAGGCAGCAGCGCAUCUGCAGGACGGAGAGACAAAAACAGAUGGAAAAAACCACGUACCAUGAAAGACAUUGACACAAGAGAAAGACCCAAAGAAGAAGACUGGUCCAAUGAUGCUGGCAAUGGCGAAGAGGAGGCAUCCAUUAGGCGCAGUUUCUCUGUAGAAGAUCUGCUUGAUGAGGUUGAGAAGAUAGGCAGUGUCUCCACGGGUGACAGAAAGGUUGAGAUUGUGGUGAGGCUGUGGAAGAAUGGCUUCACCGUAAAUGAUGGAGAACUGCGGAGUUACACUGAGGAUGAAAAUCAACAGUUCCUUGAGGCUAUUAAACGUGGGGAACUGCCUUCUGAGCUGGAGAGAGCUGCUGAGGAUGAGGAACUGGAGGUGAAUGUGGAGGACCUGAAGGAGGAAAUAUACGUACCCAGGAAGAAGAGUUUCCACCCUUUCACUGGUCGAGGGUACAGACUGGGCAGUGUGGCACCCAGAGUUAUAGCAAGAUCUCCAUCGGUGCAUGACGAGAGCCAGACACCUCCUGUCCCAACAGUUUCUGUGAAUGACACACAGCCAGUCACUAGUCUUCAGAUCUGGCUGGCAGAUGGACGAAGACUUGUGCAGAAGUUCAACCUGUCUCACAGGAUCAGUGAUGUCCAGGACUUUGUGCAGCAGUCCCAGAGGACUGCAUCACCCUUCAUCCUCACAACGUCCCUCCCAUUCCGCGAGCUAAGACAGCAGGAGCUGAGUUUGCAGGAGGCCGACCUGACCAAUGCCGUCAUUGUCCAGAGGCCCUUGCAGCCGCCCUCGGACGCUCAGAGCUGAGGAGAUCGAAGCUCCCAAAACACUGUAAUGACACCGCAGAACUGCCACGGUCCUCAGAUGAAACCUUGCUGCUCUAAUAACCAUAAGUUUACCAGCUCUUGCAUUAAAAAAACUUCUUUAUAUGCACAAUGCCAGUUCUUCCCCAUACUUGAUAUGCACAGAAACAAGAAGCUUUGACACACUGCCUGUAUGUACAAUACUUCAGUGUACUGAUGCAAAAUCAUCUUCAUGAUAAUGAUCAUUUCAAACCUUUGGAGAUAUUUUUAACGGAUGCUGCCGAAUGGCAAAUUUGCCUUUGGUUUGAAUUGGUUAAAGAGUUACCAGCUCCAAUUCUAAUUCACCAAAAUACACUCCUCAAAAAAAUUAAAGGAACACUUUUUAAUCAGAGUAUAGCAUCAAGUCAAUUAAACUCCCGG